CCCACACACCCUUCCCAAAAACCCUUCUAUCACAAGGCUAGGCCGAACUACAAGGUAGCAGAUUGGAACAUUGAGGGACAUACACCAACACUCAUCAUAGGAGACUCAAAUCUCAACCGGGUCCCACCAUUCAAUAACCCCAACAUCCAGGUAGACAGUUACCCAGGGGCAACAUUUUAUCACUUCAUAAAAGUACUGGAAAAAACCCCCAUACACACAGACACAGCGACGGUUGUUAUCUCGGUGGGCCUGAACAAUAAAGACCAUGACCCAUUCCAAACAUCACUAAAACAGUUGUCAGUUAUGCACAAGGAGGCAAAGAAAACAUUUCCAAACGCAACAAUAUACAUUCCUGUCAUCAGCCAUUCACCUCUUCUUACUCCACAGCAGAAGAGAAACCUUAAGCUCAUCAACGCUUACAUCACCACUAACUUCCCAACCCUAUUAGAGAUCCCACAAGACACAUUUCACACAACAACAGAUCUCAUACACUGGACAUCCACCACAGCAGACCUCAUCUUUCAACACUGGUGUAGACAGUUAAAUUUACAUUAACCACAAGCCACAGUCUGGAUAGAAAUAACUUUUCUUGCAAUCUCUCUCCUUCCCCAAUAACCAGUGCAGAUCCCCCACCAAGGGGAGCAGCGGACCGGUCAACAACUAAUAUCAUGAAUCUUUCCAAAUCUUUCAUACCCACAGCAGCACAGGUAAAGCUCCUGGAGAGAGGGUUGACAUUCAUCCCUCGCCCAAACAAAUUUGAUUGGGAGGAACUUCAAAGGGACACCCACAAAUACCAUAGAAGACUUAAACUGUUGGACUAUUUUGACUACAACACAGAGGACAAUCACCUACCAUUUACUUUACCAUCUACCUGGGAACCUAAAACCUCCCAGAUAGAUGGCAGAAUCAGGAGACUAAUUAGAAUGGACAAAAACACACUUCACAAUCAUCAGACUCACACAGAUAGGGAGGAUAACCUCACACACGUAGAAAGACAGGCAAUACAACAACUUAAAAACAACCCACACAUCAUCAUUAAACCAGCAGAUAAAGGUUCAAAAAUAGUAAUAUUGGAUAAACAUCAAUACAUGUAUGAAGCCAACAGACAGUUAUCAAACACCAAACAUUAUAAACAUAUAGAAAACAGUAUACAACCACAGACACAGACACAGCUAAGGACAAUAAUAAAAAGACUCUACGACCAACACUACAUCACAGCAAAACAACGGGACUUUCUCUACGGUACAGACACCCCACGACCUAGACUAUUCUAUUUACUGUUAAAAGUACACAAGGAACCGGAGACAUGGACAAUUCCCUUUGAAGUUCCUCCUGGCAGACCGAUUGUCUCAGACUGCAAUAGUGAAUCUUACAACAUUUCACAAUAUAUAGAUCAUCACAUCAACCCUCUCUCCACUAGGCACCCCAGCUUCCUCAGGGACACCUACCACUUCAUGGAGAGGAUUGGACCCAUAGUUGUUCCCUCCCAUACACACAUAUUCACAAUAGAUAUUGAUAGCCUAUACACCAACAUAAAUACAGCAACAGGAAUACAAGCAAUUAGAAACAUCUUUAAGAGAUACCCAGACAACACUAGACCGGACAAAGAAAUAUUACAACUAUUAGAAAUCAGCCUGACUAGUAAUGACUUUUUAUUCAAUGACCAAUAUUACCUGCAGGUGGAGGGAACAGCUAUGGGCAAGAAAUUUGCACCUGCUUACGCCAACAUAUACAUGGCUGAAUGGGAGAGAGAGGCACUGGCCAAGUGUCCAUAUCAACCCACUUUCUAUUACCGCUUUUUAGAUGACAUAAUAGGAGCCUGGCCCCACGACAUCCAGUUAUUCACAAAUUUUAUAAACAUUCUCAACGGUCAUCAUCCAUCCAUCAAGGUUAAAUACACAAUUCAUCCGCAAGAAGUCAACUUCUUAGACACAACAGUUUUUUUCAGUAACAACAAUCAAUCACAGAAAACACUACACACUAGAGUCUACUUCAAACCAACAGACACACAUGCUUUACUUCAUAAACACAGUUACCACCCCAAACAUACAUUUAAGGGAAUAAUAAAAUCACAAAUUAUACGGUUCUACAGGAUAUCAUCUUGCAAGCAAGACCUGGAUUAUGCAAUAAAUAUACUAUUCAACGCACUUAGAAGAAGAGGAUAUUCAAAACGAUUUUUAAGAACUAUUAAAAACAACACAUUGGCCGCCCUCCCUCCCAUUCAUCCAACACCCACAGACCACAGCAAAUCAUCCACCUCUCUUAACCCUAACCUCAACCCUACUCCUAACCUUUACAUUUAA